CAAGGACACCACCAUCUAGCUUCUUAUAAUAAUUCUCAACAAGCCAGUUUCAACGCGCAGAACGGUGUCUUGAAUUUGCUUGUACAGACCCGCCAUAUCUUCACAGAUUGCAGUCAUGUUUGACCCUCGCGUUCUCACAGACGAGGAACGGGAAGGUCGACUUCACUCAUGUUUUGAGCUUCAAAAUCAGGUCAAAGAGGACCCUGAAACUUUUUUCAAGGUAAUAAUUGGUGAUGAAUCGUGGGGCUAUGGAUACGACCCCGAAACAAAGCAGCAAUUAAGGCAGUGGAAGACAGGUCUUGUGCAUGCAGAAUUCGUUUCCCCAGGUGGAACUGGUCAACUAGAAGUUCUACUUGGAGGCUAUGGAAAGAUUGAGGGAAAGUAUCCGGAAGACAUGGGCAGGUUUUUAGCGCACAACUUCCUUUAUGAUAACGCACCGGUCCACACCACCCUCUUCCCAGAGACCCCAAUGAAACCGAGCCUAUAUUUUCCGUUUCUCUUACAGUGCAUUGACCAUGAACUGAAUUUACUUUGGACUUAUAUUAAAGAUAGGGAGUUCAUACACCUCGUGUUCCUUGCCUAUUCUGUUACCCAAAACAGAAUUCGAAAAUUUCGUUCUGAAGAAAGGAGGACACAUAAACACAAUGAAACCAUAUAGUCUGCUAAUCGCUAUUUCAAGGAUUUUAGUACUGCCAUUAUUGUAUUUAUUGAUUUUAACUUAUAGACCUCCACUGUGCCACUAA